AUGCCGGCCGAAAGGCGCUCUCUGCGAUCAAACAACAAAUCUGACGCCUCUUCAUCUGCUAACGGUGAGAAGGGAAACUCAGACUCCCAAAGCUCGGGUGCGAAAGACAAGGCGCCUACCACACGCGCCGCCGCCAACAAAGCCAAGUCAACCCAGCCCAAGAAGGACGCAAAGGGCGCAUCGAACGGCGAGAUGGGAGAGGACGACAAGUCGCAUACCAAUGGAUCGAAGUCAACCGGGAACGGUGUGAACGGAUCUGAAGAUGUUGAGAUGGGAGAGGAUACGGCAGGUGCGCCUACAUCCUCAUUCAACGCCAACAAGAACCGCAAAGGUGACGAGAAGAUGACUGUUGUAGUGCCCCCGACCAAGGGUUCCAGAUCAUCUGGCAAAGACAAGGAAGAGGAUGUGACGAUGGAAGGUGCGGAAGACGGCGAUGCUGAGAACUCCGAGCCUGAGGUCGACCCGAGAACCAAGGCCAUUCAAGGUUCGUCAAUUCAUCUUCCUCAGCCCCAAAAAAAACCAUUGUCUUUUCUAACAAAACCGACCUCUUUCUUCGGGUUGAACUUAGACAUCAAAACCAAUUUCACCUUGCUCGAGCGAGCCGUUGCCCACUUCGACCCCAGAUUCACCCUCCGUGUCCUACGAUCGAUAUCCUCGAUGCGGAAACACCUCACUCCGGAGGUCCUCGCCGAAGUCAUUGUGGAGACCUACGCUCCAUCCAGCUCCACGGCUUCGUUCCUUCUGACGGCUCUCAACCAAGCAAGUGCUUUCGAGAAUGCCCCAUCCAACUCGCAGAUGGAGGUCGACUCGGAGAAGGCUGCCCCCAAGGAGACUCUUGCCGAGGUGGACGCAUAUCUCUCGAUUCUCGUGCAGAUUUACUUGUUCGAUCAGCGGGAGAUCCAGAAGGGAGCUCAAUUCUCAACAGAGUUGAUUGAGCGCCUGCGGACACUCAACCGCCGCACCCUGGAUUCCCUUGCCGCACGCGUGUACUUCUACUACUCUCUCUUCUUCGAACAAAUCGCCCCGCUUCCUCCUUCCCCAGCCGCUGCCGUUACCACCAUUCGUCAGUCAUUGCUGGCGGCUCUACGUACCGCCGUGCUCCGGAAAGAUGUCGACACACAGGCCACUGUGAUGACACUGUUGCUUCGCAACUACCUAUCCACGUCUCACAUUUCACAGGCAGAUCUUCUGAUCUCGCACAACCCAUUCCCCGUCGCUGCAUCCAACAACCAGAUUGCUCGGUAUAUGUUCUACCUCGGUCGUAUUCGUGCCAUCCAGCUGCAGUACACCGAAGCUCACAGCCACUUGAUUGGCGCUACCCGCAAGUCUCCCGCCAGCCCCGUCGCCCGUGGCUUCUACCAGGCUUCCCACAAGCUGCUGGUCGUUGUCGAGCUGUUGAUGGGUGACAUUCCAGACCGUUCGGUCUUCCGCCAGCCGGCUUUGGAACGAGCCAUGGAACCUUAUCUGUUGCUUUCUCAAGCAGUCAGUGUUGGUGACUUGGAUGGUUUCCUCACCAUUGUCAACACCCACAGUGAGACCUUCCGCAAGGAUGGUACCUACACCCUGAUUCUGCGUCUGCGACAGAAUGUCAUCAAGACAGGCAUCCGUAUGAUGUCACUUUCUUACUCCCGCAUCUCUUUGCGGGAUAUCUGCCUACGUCUAGGCCUCGACAGCGAGGAGUCUGCCGAGUAUAUUGUAGCCAAGGCUAUUCGCGAUGGUGUCAUUGAGGCUACGCUUGACCACGAGCAUGGCUUCAUGAAGAGCAAGGAGGUUGGUGAUAUCUACGCUACCAGGGAGCCUGGCGAGGCGUUCCACGAGCGUAUUCGCGCUUGUCUGGCUCUUCAUGAUGAGAGUGUCAAGGCCAUGCGCUUCCCCAUGAACCAGCACCGUCUAGAGCUCAAGAGUGCCCAAGAGGCUCGAGAGCGUGAGCGUGAACUCGCCAAGGAGAUCCAGGAGGGCGACAUUGACGAUGAGGAUGCUGGUGGUGAUCUCGAUGGCAUCUAA